UGAGCAGUUAGGAUGCUUCAAGCACUAUGAUAAAUGCUCUACGUAAAUUUUCUCUCUAUCUUCAAUGUAAUCUUAUGAUCUAGCUACCAUUUGUUAUUCUCACUUUACAAAUAAGGAAAUUGAGACUUAGGUGCCAGAACUUACCAAGGGUCACAUGAUUAUCUCCAGGCUAAGCAGGAAUUAAAAUUAUAUGCUUCCUACCUCACACCAUAUGCAAAAAUUAACUAAAUAUGGAUCAACGACCUAAAUAGGAGCGGACAGAAGAUAGCUUCUAGGGGACAUGCCUGCACCUGGGAGUUAGAAGGAAGGAAAACCAAAGAAGGAGCCAGAAAGGCAGAUAGAGGAGUCUGCAGAAAUCUGGAGAGAGAACCAGGUGGGGUUUCCAUAGGAAAAAGCUGCUUCUCUGUUUCCCCAGCCUAGCAACUGUUUGGAAGUCAGAGUCCCACAUCCUGCUCAACUGGGUCAGGUCCCUCUUAGACCAGCUCUUGUCCAUCAUUUGCCGAAGUGGACCAGCUAGUUCCCCAGUAAGGGGUCUCCCCUGGCAAUUCUUGCUCGGCGUUUGGACAUCUCAGAUCGCUUCCGAUGAAGAUGGCCUUGCCUUGGAGUCCUGCUUGUUCCAUCAUCAUCUAACUAUGGGACAAGGUUGUGCCAGGAGGUCUGGGGGAAGGAGCACAGGGCUGAUCAAGCCAUCCAGGAAACACUGGAGGACUUGUCCAGCCUUGAAAGAACUCUAGCGGUUUCUGAAUCUAGCCCACUUGGCGGUAAGCAUGAUGCAACUUCUGCAACUUCUGCUGGGGCUUUUGGGGCCAGGUGGCUACUUAUUUCUUUUAGGGGAUUGUCAGGAGGUGACCACUCUCACGGUGAAAUACCAAGUGUCAGAGGAAGUGCCAUCUGGCACAGUGAUCGGGAAGCUGUCCCAGGAACUGGGCCGGGAGGAGAGGCGGAGGCAAGCUGGGGCUGCCUUCCAGGUGUUGCAGCUGCCUCAGGAACUCCCCAUUCAGGUGGACUCUGAGGAAGGCUUGCUCAGCACAGGAAGGCGGCUGGAUCGAGAGCAGCUAUGCCGACAGUGGGAUCCCUGCCUGGUUUCCUUUGAUGUGCUUGCCACAGGGGAUUUGGCUCUGAUCCACGUGGAGAUCCAAGUGCUGGACAUCAAUGACCACCAGCCACGGUUUCCCAAAGGCGAGCAGGAGCUGGAAAUCUCUGAGAGCGCUUCUCUGCGCACCCGGAUCCCCCUGGACAGAGCUCUUGACCCAGACACAGGCCCUAACACCCUGCACACCUACACUCUGUCUCCCAGUGAGCACUUUGCCUUGGAUGUCAUUGUGGGCCCUGAUGAGACCAAACACGCAGAACUCGUAGUGGUGAAGGAGCUAGACAGGGAAAUCCAUGCAUUUUUUGAUCUGGUGUUAACUGCCUAUGACAAUGGGAACCCUCCCAAGUCAGGCACCAGCUUGGUCAAGGUCAAUGUCUUGGACUCCAAUGACAAUAGCCCUGUGUUUGCUGAGAGUUCACUGGCACUAGAAAUCCAAGAAGAUGCUGCCCCUGGUACGCCUCUCAUAAAACUGACCGCCACGGACCCUGACCAAGGCCCUAAUGGGGAGGUGGAGUUCUUCCUCAGUAAGCACAUGCCUCCAGAGGUGCUGGACACCUUCGGUAUUGAUGCCAAGACAGGCCAGGUCAUUCUGCGUCGACCUCUAGACUAUGAAAAGAACCCUGCCUACGAGGUGGAUGUCCAGGCAAGGGACCUGGGUCCCAAUCCCAUCCCAGCCCAUUGCAAAGUUCUCAUCAAGGUUCUGGACGUCAAUGACAACAUCCCAAGCAUCCAUGUCACAUGGGCCUCCCAGCCAUCACUGGUGUCAGAAGCUCUUCCCAAGGACAGUUUUAUUGCUCUUGUCAUGGCAGAUGACUUGGAUUCAGGAAACAACGGUUUGGUCCACUGUUGGCUGAGCCAAGAGCUGGGCCACUUCAGGCUGAAAAGAAGUAAUGGCAACACAUACAUGUUGCUAACCAAUGCUACACUGGACAGAGAGCAGUGGCCCAAAUAUACCCUCACUCUGUUAGCCCAAGACCAAGGGCUCCAGCCCUUAUCAGCCAAGAAACAGCUCAGCAUUCAGAUCAGUGACAUCAACGACAAUGCACCUGUGUUUGAGAAAAGCAGGUACGAAGUCUCCACGCGGGAAAACAACUUACCCUCUCUUCACCUCAUUACCAUCAAGGCUCAUGACGCAGACUUGGGCAUUAAUGGAAAAGUCUCAUACCGCAUCCAGGACUCCCCAGUUGCUCACUUAGUAGCUAUUGACUCCAACACAGGAGAGGUCACUGCUCAGAGGUCACUGAACUAUGAAGAGAUGGCCGGCUUCGAGUUCCAGGUGAUCGCAGAGGACAGCGGGCAACCCGUGCUUGCAUCCAGUGUCUCUGUGUGGGUCAGCCUCUUGGAUGCCAAUGAUAAUGCCCCAGAGGUGGUCCAGCCUGUGCUCAGCGAUGGAAAAGCCAGCCUCUCUGUGCUUGUGAAUGCCUCCACAGGCCACCUGCUGGUGCCCAUUGAGACUCCCAGUGGCUUGGGUCCAGCAGGCACUGACACACCUCCACUGGCCACUCACAGCUCCCGGCCAUUCCUUUUGACAACCAUUGUGGCAAGAGAUGCAGACUCGGGGGCAAAUGGAGAGCCCCUCUACAGCAUCCGCAGUGGAAAUGAAGCCCACCUCUUCAUCCUCAACCCCCAUGCGGGGCAGCUGUUCGUCAACGUCACCAAUGCCAGCAGCCUCAUUGGGAGUGAGUGGGAGCUGGAGAUAGUGGUAGAGGACCAGGGAAGCCCCCCCUUACAGACCCAAGCCCUGUUGAGGGUCAUGUUUGUCACCAGUGUGGACCACCUGAGGGACUCAGCCCGCAAGCCUGGGGCCUUGAGCAUGUCAAUGCUGGCGGCGAUCUGCCUGGCUGUGCUGCUGGGCAUCUUCGGGUUGAUCCUGGCCUUGUUUAUGUCCAUCUGCCGGACAGAGAAGAAGGACAACAGGGCCUACAACUGUCGGGAGGCCGAGUCCACCUACCGCCAGCAGCCCAAGAGGCCCCAGAAACACAUUCAGAAGGCGGACAUUCACCUCGUGCCUGUGCUCAGGGGUCAGGCAGGUGAGCCUUGUGAAGUCGGGCAGUCCCACAAAGACGUGGACAAGGAGGCGAUGAUGGAAGCAGGCUGGGACCCCUGCCUGCAGGCCCCCUUCCACCUCACCCCGACCCUGUACAGGACGCUGCGUAAUCAAGGCAACCAGGGAGCACCGGCGGAGAGCCGAGAGGUGCUGCAAGACACGGUCAACCUCCUUUUCAACCAUCCCAGGCAGAGGAACGCCUCCCGGGAGAACCUGAACCUUCCCGAGCCCCAGCCUGCCACAGGCCAGUCAUGUUCCAGGCCUCUGAAGGUUGCAGGCAGCCCCACAGGGAGGCUGGCUAGAGACCAGGGCAGUGAAGAGGCCCCACAGAGCCCACCAGCCUCCUCUGCAACCCUGAGACGGCAGCGACAUCUCAAUGGCAAAGUGUCCCCUGAGAAAGAGCCAGGGCCCCGUCAGAUCCUGCGGAGCCUGGUCCGGCUGUCUGUGGCUGCCUUCGCUGAGCGGAACCCCGUGGAAGAGCUCACUGUGGAUUCUCCUCCUGUUCAGCAAAUCUCCCAGCUGCUGUCCUUGCUGCAUCAGGGCCAAUUCCAGCCCAGACCAAACCACCGAGGAAAUAAGUACUUGGCCAAGCCAGGAGGCAGCAGGAGUGCAAUCCCAGACACAGAUGGCCCAAGUGCAAGGGCUGGAGGCCAGACAGACCCAGAACAGGAGGAAGGGUCUUUGGAUCCUGAAGAGGACCUCUCUGUGAAGCAACUGCUAGAAGAAGAGCUGUCAAGUCUACUGGACCCCAGCAAAGGUCUGGCCCUGGACCGGCUGAGCGCCCCUGACCCAGCCUGGAUGGCGAGACUGUCUUUACCCCUCACCACCAACUACCGUGACAAUGUGAUCUCCCCAGAUGCUGCAGCCACGGAGGAGCCGAGGACCUUCCAGACGUUCGGCAAGGCAGAGGCACCGGAGCUGAGCCCAACAGGCACGAGGCUGGCCAGCACCUUUGUCUCGGAGAUGAGCUCACUGCUGGAGAUGCUGCUGGAACAGCGCUCCAGCAUGUCCGUGGAGGCCGCCUCCGAGGCGCUGCGGCGGCUCUCGGUCUGCGGGAGGACCCUCAGUCUAGACUUGGCUACCAGUGCGGCCUCAGGCAUGAAAGUGCAAGGGGACCCAGGUGGAAAGACGGGGACUGACGGCAGGAGCAGAGGCAGCAGCAGCAGCAGCAGCAGCAGGUGCUUGUGAACAUACCUCAGACACCUCUGGAUCCAAGAACCAGGGGCCUGAGGAUCUGGGGACAUGAGCUGGUUUCUAAAAUCUUGUAACUCACUAGCUAGCGGUGGCCUGAGAACUUUAGGGUGACUGAUGCUACCCCCACAGAGGAGGCAGGAGCCCCAGGACUAACAGCUGACUGACCAAAGCAGCCCCUUGUAAGCAGCUCUGAGUCUUUUGGAGGACAGGGACGGUUUGUGGCUAAGUGUUUCCUGGCAAAACAUAUGUGGAGCACAUGUUUUGGGCUCUGUUUAAGCAGAACAAAUGCCACGGAGUAUCACAAGUAGGAAAGGAUGGCCUUCUUGGGUAGCAGGAGUCAGGGGGCUGUACCCUGGGGGUGCCAGGAAAUGCUCUCUGACCUACCAAUAAAGGAAAAGCAGUGA